AUGUUAAGUCCAGGAAUUAUUUUGAAUAUCUGUAAGGACGGCGCCACGCCGGACGUGCUGUAUCUACAGGCGCACCAGGCCAAGUCGAUUCCCGAGGCUACGGGAGAGCGUUUGAGAUUGAUGCUGAACGAUGGACAAUAUGCUAUCAAUGGUGUGUUCAAGCCUAGCGAGGCCCAGAACGCCAUUGAGAACUUCAAAAGAUACUGUAUUUUGAAGAUCACGCAGUAUGAGAUCACUCCAACAAACAACGGCAAGAUCUUCCUUGUUGUUGACCGUGCCGAGGUUGCUGAGCAGGGUGAGAAGUCGGAGAUCAAGUACGAGAGUCUUGACGACUAUUUGAAAGAGCACCCUGAGGACAACAAUUUGCUCAAGGGCCAGGCUCAGGCCAGAGACAAUACGAUGACUCCGUCUCCUGCGGCCACUCUUCCUAAAAAGAGCGCAUCGCGUCCUCCUCCAAAGUACCAGAACCUGUACUCCAUUGAUCAGCUGUCGCCAUACCAGAACUCGUGGACCAUCAAGGCCAGAGUUUCUUUUAAGGGCGACAUGAAGCACUGGUCCAACCAGAGAGGAGACGGAAAGCUGUUCAACGUGAACCUGUUGGACGAGACCGGAGAGAUCAGAGCCACUGCUUUCAACCAGGUUGCAGACAAGUUCUGGGACAUUUUGGAGGAGAACAAGGUUUUCUACAUCAGUAAGGCGUCGAUGCAGAUGGCAAAGCCUCAAUUCUCGAACCUCAAACACCAGUACGAGCUGCAGUUCGAUAAAGAUACUAUGGUGGAGCCGUGCGAGGACGAUUCCGACGUUCCAAAGCUGAACUUUGACUUUACUUCUCUCGACAAGGUCCAGAGCUUGGAGACUGGCGCCGUGAUCGACGUCAUUGGUGUCUUGAAAGACGUGAAGGAGAAACAGGAGAUUGUUGCCAAGUCGACCGGUAAGCCGUUCGACAGAAGAGACGUUGUUUUGGUGGACAAGACUGGAUUUGCCGUGAACGUUGGUCUUUGGAACAAGCACGCGCGUGAGUUCAACGUUUCUGUUGGCUCCGUGGUGGCAUUCAAAGGUGCCAGAGUGCAGGAUUUCGGCGGAAAGAGUUUGUCGCUGAUUCCAGCUGCUACCAUCGUUGUGAACCCAGACAUUGAAGAAGCUUACAAGGUCAAAGGAUGGUACGACGCACAGGGCGCCAACCAGUCCUUCAAGACCAUCACUGCCGACUCUGGUUCUGGCUCCAACAAUGAGCUCAACUCCAGACAGUCCAUCCUGGACCGCAAGACUAUCAAACAGGCCCAGGACGAGAGACUGGGAAUGAAGGACAAACCGGACUUUUUCAACAUCAAGGCCACCAUCUCGUUUAUUAAGACAGACAACUUCUGCUACCCAGCCUGUCCGAACGAUGGCUGCAACAAGAAGUUGCUCGAGCAAGAUAAUGGUACCUGGAGAUGCGAGAAGUGCAACAUCAACCACGCAGAGCCUAACUAUAGAUACAUUUUGACGGUGUCUGUGGUAGACGAAACAGGCCAGAUGUGGCUGACGCUCUUCGACGAACAGGCCAACCAGCUGCUUGGACUUUCUGCUCUGGAGUUUUUGAAACUCAAGAACGACGCUGAGGACCCAAGCAUCGAGAGUGUUGGCGAGAACGCGCUGAAAACUUUCAUCAACGAAAACGUCUCUUUCAAGGAGGUGUUGCUCAGAAUCCGUGGAAAAGUUGACAGCUACCAGGGCCAGGACAGAGCACGGUUCUCUGUGGCCAAGAUCGCCAAAGUGGACUUCCUUGCCGAGUGUGACGCGCUGGUGGAAGUUCUUAGUGGCUACGCUUUGUAA